CCUUAAACCACUACACAUCACAACCUUAAAUAAUCAACAUCAAACAAAUACCCCAAAUUCAACGACCACCAAAAAAAAAAAAAACAAACAUACCCAAGAAGCAGGACUAUGGGCAAAUAAUACCACCACCAUGCCCGCUCUCUCCAGCACCACCACAACAACUCUCCCACCACCAUGGCAAAUCCAACGCCAAACAGAAGACCACCAACACCAACAACAAGGCGAAGAAGACGACCAACAAGAUGAAAAAGAAAAUGAUAUCCACCUCCACAAACGAACCUCUCCCCCCCAAAUCCCCCUCCCCAAAACCGACUACCUCACAAUCUCCAUCCCAUCCACCUACGGCCGCCUGAACACGUCCCCCGCCCCCGGUACAGUCGUCGGCAUUAUGCUGGGCAGCAUCGCAGGUUUCCUCUUCCUGCUGUACCUGCUUUAUCUGGGUUUAGGAGCGGGACGGCGCUUCGGGAGCGUUACGGCGGGUACAACUGCUACGAUGACGACCAUGUCGACGACGUCUGCGUCCGAGUCUGUCGAUUUAGGCGGGAGGGGAGGCUAUUAUCGGGAUCGGAAGCGGUAUCGGCGGGGUCGGACUAGUGGAGGAGGUGGUGCUUGGGUGAGGAGGCCUCGUCGUGGCGGUGGGGGUGGAGGUGGAGGUGGUGAUGGAGGCGUGGUGGAGGUUGAGGAGGAGAUGUCGCCUUCGCCGGGGAGACGGUAUCGGAGGGGGGAUGGGGGCGGGGAGGUGUUUGUUGGGGAGGAGGAGAGUUCCAGGGGUCAUCCGGAGCAGGAUCAUGUGGUGGAGGUGUUUGAGGAGCAGUCGAGUGUGGAUGGGUCGAGGGUGUCUCGACCGCCGCCGGGACGGAGGUUUGGGAGGGGAUAUCGGAGGGAGGAGAGGGAUCCGUUGGCUUAUGGGAGUGAGCUUAGUUCUUGA